AUGGCGACGGUGGCUCUCUUGGCGUGGCUGGGGCUGUGGCUGGGGCGCGCCACGUCGGGGCUGCCCGGCUCCCCCUGCGAGCCGGUGCGCAUCCCCAUGUGCCGCCACAUGCCCUGGAACAUGACCCGCAUGCCCAACCACCUGCACCACAGCACCCAGGAGAACGCCGUGCUGGCCAUCGAGCAGUACCACGAGCUGGUGGCCGCCGGCUGCAGCCCGGUGCUCAGCUUCUUCCUGUGCGCCAUGUACGCGCCCAUCUGCGCCGUCGAGUUCUUGCACGACCCCAUCAAGCCCUGCAAGGCGCUGUGCCAGCGCGCCCGAGACGGCUGCGAGCCCCUCAUGAAGAGGUACAACCACAGCUGGCCCGAAGCCCUGGCCUGCCAAGACCUGCCCGUCUACGACCGAGGGGUCUGCAUCGCCCCCGAGGCCAUCGUCACGGAUCUGCCGGAAGGUGAGGAGAGCAGAGCUACACGGGACGGGGCGGGCAGGAGGGCACGGACUUGUCUGCGCCCCGGACAAGGACGAGUCCAUUGGAGGUUUGGAGGCAGAGGCUGGACGGCCGUCUGCCAGGGAUGCAGGGCGAGAGGUGGACUAGAUGAGCCUGGGGGUCCCAUCCCGCUCUACCAUUCUAUGAUCAUAUUUACCUGGGAGUAAGUUCGAUGGCACUUAGGUCUGUGAGAGCCCCAGGCAGGCCUCCCAAAUGAGGCUGGCGCACCCCAACCUCGUUGCCGGAGCAAGAUGCCCCCGCGAUUUCGGAGGGACUUGCCUUUCCCCUGGCGGCCUGAUCCCGGGUAGGGAAGCAAGCCUCCCCGCAGAGGAGGAAACGAGGCAGGUCAGAUCUUCCCACGAGGUUGGGACGCCUUGCCAAAGAGGUCCCACCUAGACGCAAGUUCAGCCUCCCUCGGAAACAAGGGCAGUAGGCGCUCGCCAUUAUUAUUAAUAAUAUUUAUUUAUGCCCCGUCUUUUCCCCCGACAGAGACUCAAGGCGGCUUACAGAUUAAAUAAGAACGGCUAAAAAGUGCAGCUAAAAACAAACAAUUAAACUAAUAGAAUUAAAACUAUACGUAUAUAUAAAAGAUCUAUUAAAAACAUACAAGUAAUUACAGUUUCAAAGGAUUUUUUCCCAAGGAAACCCUCCAAGCGAGCUGGCACUCCUCAGUGCGACCCGGAGACUGAGCACAUUUGCUCGGAGGGUAAAUCCCAUGGAAAGCGAAGGGGCUGACUUGGGAGUAACUGCGCUGGGGUUCAGCUUGCCAACGGGGCUCCAGGACGUGCGCGCUUUUCCGGGGUUUGAGAAGUUGUCAGACCAGCUUUCUCCGAUGAGGAUAUAUUUUCUAAAAAUUAAAGGAAAAUCCCUCUCCUUCCCCCCCAUCAAAUUUCUAAUUGCUCCCGGGUUUUUUCUGUUUUUUCUUUUCCUUUUCCAUUUUGUGUGUUCCCUCCUGAAGAAGACGUGAAGUGGAUCGAUUUAUCUGACGACGUGAUGGUCCACGAAAAGCCUCUGUUUCCCGAGUGCAAGACCUCGAGCCACGGUGAGCGCCUCUUUCUAAGACCGGACACGAUCAGCUCGCCGAAUAUGUGUAUUUCCAUUAUAUAUAUGUAUAUUUUUCUGUUUUGCUUUCAAUGCAGAGCGCUGCAAGUGCAAGAAGGUCAAGCCCACUCUGGCGACGUAUCUGACCAAAAACUACUCUUACGGUGAGUCAGUCGGCAACACUUUAUUUCUAUUUAAAAAGUGAAAAGUUGCUGCGUUAUCUUUUCUCCCGUCUCGUGGCUGGUUUCGUAUCAUCGGGAUCUCCCUUUUUGGCCCUUUUCGUUCAGCGGACUUCGGUUCUUCGGGAAAUCUGAUCCCUUUAAUUAUCCGAGUUCAGAAAAAAUAUACAUAUAAAAGACACGAUUCAAAACGAAUCGUGGCAGCGAUUUUAUCGUUGCUUCUUUCCUCCAGAACUUUGGGUUUUCUCCCACAUCAGAACCAGACUUCAGUGGUUUUUGAAGACACCGAGAUUUACCGAAAUGCAUGUUAUUUCUUCUUAAAGGGAAAGAAAAGAGAGAAAAUGAAAUAACUUAUUUCUUAGAUCCAAAUCACUUGGGAUUGCGACUUUGGGGGUCUCAGUUGGACAAGGCACAAAAGUGUUGCUUAAAAAACAACAACCGGAUAAGACACCGUGUUUCUCAAAUAAUAGUAAUACUUCUGAUUUAAUACCUAAGAGAAAGGAUAUUUGGGUGCAUUCCUGAAUAAGCUAGAUGCCAGUGAAAUCUACACAUUUUACAGCUCCAUGUUUAAUAUUGGAAAACUCAGUGGUUGGGGGUAUGCCCCAUUGAACUCAAUGGUAUUUACUUCUGAGUAAACAUGCACAGAUUCAAGGUGUAAGUCCCAUCACGUUGAAGGGAAUAAAAACUCAAUCAUAACUAUGUUCAGUAAACAUUAGCUUUCUAAAAAAAAUUUGCAUAGAAUUGUGGGCAAAAAGUAUUCAUUGGAGCUUACUCUCAAGUAAGUUGUAUAGGACUGCAGAAUCCACCUCCGCUCCCAAAUAUCUUAUGUCCAGAUAUGAUCUUGCAGAGAUGAAAACUCAGCUGAGUUCUGCUGAAAUCAACAGCAGGAUAAAAGCACUCCCUGUGUUAAAAUGCCAAAUACCUACUUUAUAAAUUCAGAUGAUUAAAUUAGCAGGGCAUUAUUUUAGGAAGGGUAAAAAUAAAUGAAUCCAUACACAGGACAAAUACACUGGAUAAAUCUCACUAGAAAUCUAUUAUAAAUUGAUCAUGUGAAAUGUGUUUGUACUGACAAAUGGAAUGUGUUUCAAUGCAAAAUUAGUGCUAAUAUCCAGGUUUCAAAGCCAUUGUUGUUUUUGACAAUACCCAGAAUACAAGGUUCUGUGGGGAAAUAAAAGAUUGCCUGCCUUUGUGUUUACAUUUUUUGUGGAAGCGCAGGAGAAGGGACAGGAAUGGGAUGAGAAAGGAGAUGUUGAAAAGACUGGAUUAACAAGACUGGUAUCAAAAUUGUAUCAUUUGUUCUUCCUAUACCUGUGGCACUUUUCAACAAUUAUGAGCAACCCUAUGCAUGCCUACUCAAAAUAAGCCCACUUAAUUCAAUGAGACCUACUACUGGGAAGGUCUGUAUAGGAUUGCGCCAUUGGUCCCCAAAGUGGUUAUUAGCGAUUCUGAAUAGAAUACUAAAGCAUGGUCCCUUCCAAAUCUACAGUGUUAUGAUUUGAUGAUUCCAAAGAGUCAGCAGGCUUCAUCACAUGUCUCACUUAUUGGUCCAGGAAUGGUAGCCGUAGGUCUGAUGUUUAUCUAAGCAUGCGUCAGAAUGUAUGUCUCAAAGGUAGACACUGCUGUUCAUUUGAAUGAACAUGGAUCUCCACAUUCUGGUACAAUGCCACCCAUAAAUGCACGGCAAACAUGAGACAGGAUGGAGCACAGAAGGCCAGAUAAAAGUUCAGUGUUUAAACUGACCUUCUAAAAGAUCAGUGAGAAUGGAUUUGGUAGGCUUCUUUUCAAAGGCAAUUCCACAAAGGAGAAGCCACCACCAAGAAAGCCCUGUUCCUGGUUAAUGAUAACCUUGUCUCCCUAGGCAAUGGGAUUCACAAUAGGGCUUGAUCUCAGCUCUCAGGGGAGGUAGGAAUCCUACUCAGGCAGGCAGCCCUCAAAUAUCCUAGGCACAGGGCAUUUAGGAACUGAAAACCAGUCAUUUGCACAUCAGUCUCCUAUUCUUUCUCACUGGUGUAAUCAUUUGAAAUCAGUAGAAUGAGCUGUGGGCAGAAGCAAGCAAGAAAAUAAAAAUAAAUGCAUCUUUAUAUACAUUUAUGUGUGUAUUUAUGUGCCUAAAUAAAGUGUCAUCUCAACUUCCAUCAACUUUUGCCUAAAGCAAAAAAUACUCCUUCCUGUUUCAUAUUUUAGAGAUGUUUUUAAAAGGUUUUAUAAUUUCAGAGAUGGUACUUGCAGGCUUGCAGCGAGAGAUCCGAAGUCUGUUGAAGCAGGAGCAAGUCUCACAAUUCAGUGGGACUUACUCUGUAGCAAAUGUGCCGCUUGCAGUGGAACUUAGCGAGACUGGAUUCUGAGUAACCAUAUAUAGUAUCGGCUGUUAGCUAAGUGGCAUUAUGGUUUAUCUUUGCUUUAUGUGUUGCAGUUAUUCGUGCUAAAGUCAAGAGCUUAGAGAGAGGAGGCUGCAAUGAAAUAACCACAAUGGUUGACGUGAAAGACGUCUUGAAAUCUUCAACUCCUGUUCCCCAUUCUCUCAUGCCUCUGCAUACAAAUUCCUCCUGCCAAUGUCCUCCUCUUCUACCAAACCAAGAUGUCCUCAUUAUGUGUUAUGAGUGGCGCUCAAGGUAAGCAAGGAUCGGGGGCAAGAAACCGCUGCCAAGAUGCCUGCUUUAACAUGUUUUAUUUGCAUUUUUGGCGAACCCAACAAACAACACCCUUUGACAUGCAUGGAGCUGCCCCAGCCCUUGAAAAACAUAAGAAUGCCCCUGAGGGCAGGGCAGCCCCACAGAUGCACCCAAGAGCCUUUGGGUGCCAUGGCUGAAGUGGCGGACUUCGUUUGGUGGUGGUCCUGCCAGCAAAAUGCUCAGCCCGCCCACAUCACCCGCUGCCACUACCACCCCCUUUGUCAGGUAAGCAGCAGUGAUGCUGCCAUGCAACAACUACCAAAGAAUGCCUAGGGCAGUGGUGACCAAACUUGGCCCUCCAUCUGUUUUGGGACUACAAUUCCCAUCAUCCCUGACCACUGGUCCUGUUAGCUAGGGAUGAUGGGAGUUGUAGUCCCAAAACAUCUGGAGGGCCGAGUUUGGCCACCACUGGCCUAGGGGGUUGGUACUGUCACCCUCCAGCAUGUGCUGCCUGAGGCAGCUGCCUCAUUUUGCCUCAUGGUAGGGCUGGCCUUAGAGGGACGUGGGUGGCACUGUGGUCUAAACCACAGAGCCUAGGGCUUGCCGAUCAGAAGGUCGACGGUUCAAAUCCCCGCAACGGGGUGAGCUCCCAUUGCUCGGUCCCUGCUCCUGCCAACCUAGCAGUUCAAAAGCACGUCAAAGUGCAAGUAGAUAAAUAGGUACCGCUCCGGCGGGAAGGUAAACGGCGUUUCCGUGUGCUGCUCUGGUUCGCCAGAAGCGGCUUAGUCAUGCUGGCCACAUGACCCGGAAAAACUGUCUGCAGACAAAUGCCGGCUCCCUCAGCCAGUAAAGCGAGAUGAGCGCCACAACCCCAGAGUCAUCCGUGACUGGACUUUACUGUCAGGGGUCCUUUACCUUUACUUUAGGACUGGCCUUGAGCCGAUGACUAAAAUCCACUUUAUCCUACCAGUGAGUAGGGUUGCAUGAUGCACUGAACUCCUCAAGGGAAGGGUGAGGUAGAAAUAGAAUUAGUAAUAAUAUGGAGGGAUAGCUCAGUCAGUGGAGCAUGAGACUCUUAACCUCAGGGCUGUGGGUUCAAGCCCCGCGUUGGGCAAAAAUAUUUCUGUAUUGCAGGGGGUUGGGCUACAUGACCCUCGGGUCCCUUCCAGCUCUGUGAUUGUUUGAUUCUAAAUGUGAGCUCUCAUAUACAUAGGAGGGAUUGGAUCAAGGAUUUCAUAGAAUUAUAGAUUUGGAAGGGACCCUGAGGGUCAUCUCUAGUGCAGCCCUCUGCCAUGCAAGAAUCUCAACACUCAGUCCCCCAUCCAGUUUGAAACCAUACUGGACCCUGCUUAGCUUUGCAAAACACUGGGAUAGGAAGCCAGAGAAGAUGGAUAGAAAACCCUUAAGCAAAGGUAGACUUCCUCUGUUUUGAUUCUGGAGAUGGUGGUGGGAAUGACCAGUGCUUUUUUCCAGGGGAUGCUUAAGGGUACAUAGUACCGGCAUCUGUCUUUGUUGUUGUAAAAAGGUGUGGCAGUUACUGUAACAACUUCAUGCUGAGUCCCAACACCUCUUUUUCUAGGGGGAAAAAAGCCCUGCUCUUGACUAAUCUUGAGUUAUUUGAGAAUGCCAACCCAUCAGUGUGAAGGCUUUCAAAAUUAAGCUGAGGAAUGGGAAAAGAUUAGAAAGAAUUCUGUUUUUCAUGGAACAAGUUUGCCAGCGAUGUUUUUAAAGGUCAUUGAGGUUUUAAUUUUAUAUGCUUUGUUAAAGGAUCUGAAAAAGAAAGCAAAAACAAAAUAUUGUGUUUCUCAUUUGAACUUAGCCAUAUGUAAACAGGGUUUGAGUUACAGUGGCUUCUUAAAAAUGUUAGAAGUAACAGUCUCUUGCUGGAAAAGUGCUGAAGGAAAUACCACAUUCUUGUUUCUAGCAGUUUCCCCCUUUUCUGAUUAUACAGUAUUUCAGGCCUCAGCCUUGGAUUCAAAGACGCAGAAGUCUCACAUUUGACUGGGGUCACAACAGCAAAACUCAUCACAAACACUCAGACUGAUACAGUACAGGGUGAAAGGGUGUCUACCACAUGUGUUGCAGAGCAGAAAAUAAUACUAAUUCUAAAAGAAAACAUUUUAUCUAACAAUGAACUGACACAACAAGCACCCACAUAUGCCAGCACAAAGGCUGUGCAAGUCAUAUCUUGCAUCUUUUAAACAGCUGCUCUGCACUGCUGUGCCCUCUGUUUUAACACCACACAAAAAAAUUGGCACUGACUCUCUUUUACCGCAUAGAAGGAGGUCAUCCAUAACCAUCCUCUGGGAAACCUGGAUGCUUUGGCUACAUUCUUGAGAUGCAUUUCAAGUUUGACUCUUCUACUGUUUGUAGAGUCCAGUCCAAAAUGAAUCUCCGAAGUCCUUGCACCAGACUGGGCCCUCUCUAGAGCUUAAUGUGGCCUUAAUCUUAAAAUAAAUAAACUUCCUUCAGACCAUUUCUGGAAUAGAUUCGUGAGGAAGGUGUCUAUCCUCACAGCAAAGCAAUGUAUUUUAAAUUAUUUUAUAUGUUACUAGAAACACGAUGAUGUCAAAUAAUCAGUAAGAUUCUUCUGGAAUCAAUAAGAAAACAAAGAGACUUGUAUCUUGUAGCAGUUAAUUUAGACAACCAUCAGUAUUUUUAUUUAGCCACACCUUUUCUUCUGCAUUGUAUUUGCUAAUGGGAAUAUUGAUAAAAGGCAACUAAAUCAAAUAUUGUGGGCAAAGUCCAGAGAAGUUAAGAAUGCAUAUGACUGCAGACCUAGACAUGUUUAGAUGUGAAUAAGUCCCCACUGAACUCAAAGGGACUUACUUUUUAAUAGAUAGACAAGGAAUUGCACUAUAAAUUCUUCUGGGUGGGAAUCAGCUAUGUUUUACUCAGAGCAGGCCCAUGGAAACAACUACAUUUGGUCCAUUAAAUUCAAUAGAUUUACUCUGAGUAAAAAUCAGUUGAAAUCCAUCCAUUGAUUUCUGCGAAGAAACUGAACCCACUGAAUUCAGUCGGGCUUCCUCCCAGGUAGGAGGGUGUAGGAUUUCAGCCUUAGGCACAUCUUCCCCACCGAAAUAAACAAAACUUAGAAGUGCUUGAUUUUGACUGAAAUGAGCCCAGCAUUUUAAAAAUGUUUUAUUCUAUAUUCAGGAAACGAUAUUUCUUUUGUGCCCUUCUUGAUUCUACAAUUAACGUUUCAGGUUAAUGCUUCUUGAUGGAUGUUCAGUUGAAAAAUGGAAGGAUCCGCUGAGUAAACGAUUUAAGGUAAGACCACAUGAAGCUUCUCAAUAUUUUAUCUUCAAAAAAUAGGAUGCACUGCCUCACCGCACUCUUCAACAGCUAUACUCUAAAAACUGUAGCCAGCAGUCAUUAGGAAAGUGGGAUGGUGUGGAGAGAUAUAUGUAUUGCGGGGGUAUACAGUCUCAAUAAAACGUUUUGUCCAUCUUCCUCAGUGAGCUUAGAAUACCAAAAAUAAAAUAAAAUAUGGGGAUUUUAGGAAAAAACCAUGUGCCCAUUUUCAUCACUGGAUGCAGCUAUUGUUGUGGAUGAUACAAUUAAGAACAUAUAUACAAGAAGCUGCAUCAAGAAGCAUAUUAACAUAAACCCUGUCUGUAUAUAAACAAGUUGCUAUGGUAUGAACCCAACCCUGCAGUUUCCCUUCUGCACCGCAAGAUUUCAGGAGGAUAUUAUUGUAUUGCAAUGACCACUUCCUUGGCAGGCUUGUCAAAACCCUUUUCCAAACGGUUCCAGGGAAUUUUGGUCUUCCACUGUUUGCCUUGCUGGAAAUUCCCUCUGAGGCUUCUUUCCUCGCACUUCACAAAACAUGAGAAAUAAUGCCAAGUUGGCAUCUAGUGGAGAGAUAAGCUUUUAGAAAUAAGUACGUACUGCAUUUCAUGGCUCUUUCCUCCUCAUACUAGAUGGAGACAGGGGCAUCGUCAGGCCUGGGUCCCAGAUCUGCAGCCUUAAUACAAAAAAAAUUACAAUGUUUACAGGCUGGCUUUAUUUCUGAAAGUGAGCCUGAAUUUUCAGUUCCACCUCUAAAUUAGGAUAUACGUAUGUGACUCCAACUCCCCCUAACCCGCUUUCUUAAUUUACGUUUUCCUAGAGAUGGGAACAGCGACUCCAAGAACAGAAGCAACGGGCAGGUCCAAAUAAAAACCAGAAUGCUAGAAACUCCGGGCGCAGCGGGAUGCCAAAGCAAAACCUGAAGAACACCAACCCAGCGCUCACUAGUCCCAAGAAAACCAACAAGCUCAGAAGUGAUCAGAAAGAAAUCAUCCCCAAAAACAUAUGA